GAUUCUGCAGCUCAACAACACAAUGGCAAAGUCCAAAAAUAAUGCAAAGAAGUUGUCAUACAUCUCAGUUCCUUCACAGAUUAUCAAUUCAAUAUCAUCUUCUUCUCUUCAAUCUCUGCUUGAAUCACCCAAGAAAUCUGCAAGAAACUCCAAGUAUUUCACUUUCUCCAACUUCAAGAACCCAAGACUCUUUUUUUCCACUCUCUUUAUCCUUUGUUUCUUUGGCAUGCUCAAGUUUGGCUUCAAUAUGGAAAUCCCAUUAUCUCCAUACCCAUGUGCCACAACCUUCCCACAACUUUCAAUCUCAAAUGGGCAUUCAAAAUCCAAACUUGGGGUUGCCUCACUGAAAGAUGAAGUUUUGAAUGGUGCUACUAUGUCACAGCCUCUGAUUGCCAAUGUGCAAUUACAAGCACAGGGUCCUCGUGCAGUGGAAAAGGAGGUUCGGGACAAGGAUGAUGAAGUUCAAAAGAGUGAGUUUUGGAUGCAACCAGAUGGGUUGGGGUACAAGCCUUGUUUGGAUUUCAGCAGGGAUUAUAGAAGAGCAAGUGAAGGGAUAGUGAAAAACAGAAGAAAGUACCUUAUGGUAGUGGUUUCUGGAGGGAUGAACCAACAGAGGAAUCAGAUUGUUGAUGCUGUUGUCAUUGCUAGAAUUCUUGGGGCUUCUUUGGUUGUCCCUAUAUUGCAAGUCAACGUCAUUUGGGGAGAUGAAAGUGAAUUUGCUGAUAUAUUUGAUUUGGAGCACUUCAAGAAUGUUCUUGCCAAUGAUGUACGAGUGGUUUCAGCAUUGCCAUCAACGCACCUGAUGACAAGGCCAGUGGAGGGAAGCCCUCCUCUUCAUGUCACUCCAAGUUGGAUCCGUUCACGCUAUCUCAAAAGAUUCAACAGAGAAGGCGUUUUGCUUUUACGUGGUUUGGAUUCAAGGCUGUCGAAGGAUCUUCCUUCUGAUCUUCAGAAGCUUCGUUGCAAGGUUGCUUUUAAUGCAUUAAGGUUUGCAAAGCCAGUUCAGGAACUUGGUAACAAAAUUGCAGAUAGAAUGAAAAGCAAGGGACCUUACCUUGCUCUUCAUCUAAGAAUGGAAAAGGAUGUGUGGGUGAGGACUGGUUGUCUACCUGGUCUGACUCCUGAGUAUGAUGAAAUUGUAAAUAGUGAGAGGAUACAACGGCCAGAGCUCUUAACAGCAAGAUCAAGCAUGACUUACCAUGAAAGAAAAAUGGCUGGCCUGUGCCCCUUGAAUGCUAUGGAGGUUACCAGGUUGCUUAAAGCUCUAGGAGCUCCAAAAAAUGCAAAAAUUUAUUGGGCUGGAGGACAACCAUUGGGUGGAAAAGAGGCCUUGCAUCCAUUAAUCAAUGAGUUUCCACAUCUUUACAAUAAGGAAGAUCUUGCCUUGCAUGGAGAACUAGAACCAUUUGCAAAGAAAGCUUCUCUAAUGGCUGCCAUAGAUUACAUUGUCUCUGAGAAGAGUGAUGUUUUCAUGCCAUCUCAUGGAGGAAAUAUGGGCCAUGCAAUUCAGGGUCACCGGGCUUAUGCAGGGCACAAGAAAUAUAUAACCCCAAACAAACGACACAUGCUCCCUUAUUUUCUGAAUUCUUCCCUCCCUGAAGCAGAGUUCAACAGGAUUAUCAUGGAAUUGCAUGAGGAUUCAUUGGGGCAGCCAGAACUCAGGACUAGCAAGAGUGUGAGGGAUGUUACCAAAUAUCCUGUCCCUGAGUGCAUGUGCAAUGACUCACAUUAUCAUUCCUUAUUGUAAAUUUAAUACCAAAGCUUCUGGUAUGAAGAUUACAUGGAAAUGGAUGCACAAACGAUUUUUAUCCCUUGGGAACUUACUUGAGGUGACUUUCAGGGCAACAACUGUUCUUAAGAGCACCAUUUUUGAAGAGAGCUAUAGUGUCAACCACGUCUCUCCUUUAAUGUGUAUGUGACUAUGUGAAGCAAUGUAGAUUUCCAUCAGUCAGUGAUAUAUUAAAGUAAUACACAGUAGACCAUUCUUUGAUUCUUUAGACAAAUUAUAAAGUCUGUAUAGGAUACAUGAUCCUCUUUGUUAUGUGUAAUUCUUUUUAGUACAUUAUGAAGUC